AUGAAAGUUCCGUCUGCUAAAGAUCCGUGUAAAAAAGGUGACGCACCUACAAAAAUUGGAAAAAUAUGUUCUAUUAUAGGACCAGUGGUCGACGUGGUAUUUGAGCAUGAUGUGCCACAAAUUAUGAACGCAUUAGAGGUGCAAGAUUAUCCGGGCGGACGGCUAGUAUUGGAGGUAUUUCAUCAUUUGGGAGAAAAAGUUGUACGUUCUGUAGCAAUGGAUUGCACAGGGGGCCUGCGCCGCGGGCAAAAAGUCAUUGACACUGGAUAUCCAAUAAGAGUACCAGUAGGUAAAGCUACACUUGGUCGUAUUUUGAAUGUUAUUGGGGACCCUAUUGAUGAACGUGGACCCGUGGUGACAGACUAUUAUUCUUUUAUUCACGCUGAUCCACCGAUUCUAACUGAUAUGAAUGUCAAUCCAGAGUUAUUGGUGACCGGAAUAAAGGUUAUUGAUUUAUUGGGUCCGUAUGUAAAAGGCGGAAAGAUAGGCUUGUUUGGUGGUGCUGGAGUUGGUAAGACUAUACUUAUCAUGGAGCUUAUCAACAAUAUUGCCAGAUCUCAUGGUGGUUAUUCUGUAUUUGUCGGAGCUGGCGAACGUACUCGCGAAGGCAAUGAUUUGUAUAUGGAAAUGAUUGAGUCAAAAGUCAUUUCGCUAGAAGAUGACACAUCCAAAGUAGCUUUAGUCUAUGGGCAAAUGAAUGAGCCGCCGGGGGCCAGAUCUCGCGUGGUCUUAACUGGUCUAUCUAUAGCAGAGUAUUUUAGAGAUAUGGAGGGACAGGACGUUUUAUUAUUCAUUGACAAUAUUUUCCGUUUCACGCAAGCUGUCUCUGAAGUAUCUGCAUUACUUGGUCGUAUACCAUCAGCUGUUGGAUAUCAACCAACGCUCGGAACCGAUAUGGGUUCAAUGCAAGAACGAAUUACUACUACUAGAAAUGGGUCUAUAACCUCAGUUCAAGCCAUCUAUGUACCAGCGGAUGAUUUAACUGAUCCAGCACCUGCUGCUACUUUUUCUCAUCUUGAUGCAACAACCGUACUGUCGAGACCUAUUGCUGAAUUGGGCAUUUAUCCAGCGGUCGACCCUUUGGAUUCAACUUCCCGUAUUAUGGAUCCGUUGGUAGUUGGCGAGGAGCACUAUUUGGUGGCACGUAACGUACAAAAAACCUUGCAGAAUUAUAAAUCCUUACAGGAUAUAAUUGCUAUCUUGGGCAUGGACGAGUUAUCUGAGGAUGAUAAGCUUAUCGUAGCUCGGGCGCGUAAAAUGCAACGUUUCCUUUCUCAACCAUUUCAUGUGGCUGAAGUUUUUACGGGCCAUCCCGGCAAACUGGUGCCACUUAAGAAAACGGUGGAGGGAUUCAAACGCUUACUUCAAGGAGAUAUGGAUGACUUGCCGGAAGUCGCUUUCUACAUGGUUGGCGACAUAGAGGAAGCUGUGGCAAAGGCGAAAGACUUAGCUCUACAAUUAAAGGGAUGA